UAACAUCGAGUAUACAACACUGUAUACAACACCGGACCUCAGCCACUGUUGUAUAGCAACUCAAAACAUGGAAAUGCGGUUCAGGAGAAACGGUGGACGCAUGCAGAUUAAGCUGAUAACAUCCAUCAAGAUGGUAGUGUCAUUGUGGGUCCUCACGCUCUCCUUAGUGGCGGCAGACUCAACCAGUUCAUACUCCGAGGAUGGCGGAGGUCCUGUCACCGUCACAGCUCGUGUCGGCUCCGAUGUCAUCUUUGACUGCAGGAAACCCUCAUCCAACGGACUCUUUGUAAUUUGGUCGUUCGUAGAUCCGGAAUCCGGAAUAUUACGCACGCAGACAAUAAACAAGGGAACCAUCACCACACGUAGAACCGUGAGCUUCCAAGCCCCCAACAACUACCGCCUGGGGAUCGGCUCUAUCACCCGCGAAGAUGAAGGCCUCUACUAUUGCUUAUUGGUCUCUACACUAGAAAAAAUAAAUCAGGUCUUCCUUAAAGUAACUGGUCAGUAUAUGUUAUAA